AUGGAGGUUUUUAGUGGCAUCAAGCAUGCCUUUGACUACCUUUUCCGCUCGCGAGCUGAAUAUAAGCCAUUAGACGGUGAUCAAUGUAUUAAAAUUUACCUUAUAAUGUGCGAUAUAGAGGAUGAUUUAUCUAGCUUUGAGCUUGAAGUGGAUAUACGGUACCGUCAUCGUGUUGAUAUCCUUAAUAUAAUCGAAAAGGUACGGCAGUCUCUCCGUUUCGAGUAUGGUGGGGUGAUGCCAUCUGAGUUUAUCGACAUCUACCCUACAAAAGGACUCCGUUGGAAAUCUCUUCCCCGUACGGAAUUGGAACAAUUUGAAGGGUUCUUGAGAAAAUGGCUCGACGAGACUGCUCUUGAAAAUGAAUUUCCCUUUUUAAGGCUGGAUCUUAAGCGGGGUGAUCGAAAUGUUCUAUUUGAUACCGAGAAACGCGCUUCGCAUACAGCGGAGGAGAUGAAAAAAUGGUUACUUGCUAGACACGGAACCCUGGAGUUCUAG